AACAAGCAGACCAUCUUCACCGAAGAGCAGCUGGACAACUACCAGGACUGCACCUUCUUCAAUAAGAAGGACAUCCUCAAGCUCCACGCGCGCUUCUAUGAGCUGGCCCCCAACCUCGUCCCGAUGGACUACAGGAAGAGCCCCAUCGUCCACGUGCCCAUGAGCCUCAUCAUCCAGAUGCCGGAGCUCCGGGAGAAUCCCUUCAAGGAAAGGAUUGUGGAGUCUUUUUCUGAGGAUGGCGAGGGGAACCUCACCUUCAACGACUUUGUCGACAUGUUUUCUGUGCUCUGUGAGUCGGCUCCCCGCGACCUCAAGGCAAACUACGCCUUCAAGAUCUACGACUUCAACACCGACAACUUCAUCUGCAAGGAGGACCUGGAGCUGACGCUGGCCCGGCUCACCAAGUCGGAGCUGGACGAGGACGAGGUGGUGCUCGUGUGCGACAAGGUCAUUGAGGAGGCCGAUCUGGACGGCGACGGCAAGCUGGGCUUCUCUGACUUCGAGGACAUGAUCGCCAAGGCCCCCGACUUCCUCAGCACUUUCCACGUCCGGAUCUGA